AUGAACAAAUUCCUGAAGAAGAAGGCCGAUGGGCCGACCGCCAACGACGAUGCCCUCCACGCCCUCUCUCAACCGCCCUCGCCCGUCAUGAAGAAGUCUUCGAAUAGCAGAUGGAAGAAGACCGCCAAACGACAGCCCGAGCCGAAGCCCCAACUCGAUCUAUCAGCAGCACUGCCAUCGACAGAUGACUUCCGAACCAGCCUCAUCAUGCCCAGUCUUUCCACACGUUUCAGCAUGCUUCGAGAACAAGACGAUCCUGCGUCAAUGCUUGGCAAAGCCAGCGACGACAGCGUGCUACAACCUAGGAGGAAGUCACGCAUGGCGGACUUUGGCUUCGGCAACACGGGUCUCUCUGAUAUUGCUGAAGUUUCAUCCAUCAGCGGAUCAGUCAGACCGUCAUUCGCUCAGAAUUACCGCGAACAGUCUUACGUGUCAGAAGAAGGAUACGGCAGCGAAGCUGAUGCGGCGCUGAGCAGCGUGAUGAGCCGAUCUCGACCAGGCGAGGGCAACGUGCUCUUUGGAGGUCGACAGAAGGUAUACAAGAUCCCAACGAGUGGGGCACAACCAACUCGAAGCCUGGGCAAAGUCUAUUACGACGAUGAUGUAGGCAUGUCCGCCUUCCAAAAAUACAGGAUGAAGGAACGGGAAGUCGACGAAAGCCAGUUUCCGCGUCCAUCAGACGAUAGCCAAGGAUUUGACUUCGGCCUCGAGCAGGCUGAACCCGGCUCCCAGGAUGAAGAUGCACUGGAAACCCUGCCUAACGAUUCUGCAAAGGACCUCUCACAUUCGCCAUCCCUUUCGUCGUAUGACAAGAAGAGGUCCACGACAUCAUCUACUGCCCGCUCAGACGCUCGUUCCUCGACUGCGGCCACUUCGAUCGCUUCACAGCCUGCAGCAACAAGCGCUCAGCCUUCACCUGCACAAGCUCCUGUUUCCACCAACAUCGUUGCCACCACCAUAAACGCUUCGAUACCAGCUGCGCCAAUGUCUGCACCAUUCCUCGAUCGCUCAAAUACCAAAACACGCCGACUUUACGAGCAGGGUCUGGACCAGCACAUGCACGACCAGCAAAAUUCGGCCAUGUCCCGUCUAAACUCGAUUCAGCGGCAACGAGCAUUAAGUGGAAAGAAGUCUCCGCCGUUAUUACACAACGUUAAGAGCGCUGGCAACCUUCACGACCGGAACCCACAGCCAGUCUACGCGCUACGUCCACAAUCCCCACCCUUGACCUCACCCAAUCCCGCUUCUUUUGGCUCAGUUCGACAUGCAAAUUCGAACUGCUCCAGCCCAGCUCUGAGUGGACCACACUCUCCAAUAGAUACUCACUUCGACGAGAAUAGGGUUCUCACUCAAGCACUGGAACCCGCCGAUCGAGGCAAAGCUACUGCAAUGGGUGCGUUCAACAAGCCGGCCCACGCGUUCGACGAGCAGCAGUAUCUCGAACGCCAAAAGGCGCUGCAACGAUCAGCUUCGACCGCGGCGCUGAAGAAGAAACCUCAGCCGCAGCCCAAUAUCCAACAGCGUAACCAUCGUUUCGAGUUUGAGCCAGAGCAGCAGCCGGUGCCCGAUAUCCCAUCCCUGGAUCAAUCUCAAUCCGACACACCCAAGAAGCAUGAGCCGACCAAGGCAUACAACGUCUUCCAGAAUGCAGCAAACGCAAAUUAUACUCAGGUCGCUCCAGAUCCUUCACCAGCAUCUUCGAAGUCGCCACUUCCAGACACCCACCGCACCUUUUUCGGCAACAUCAGCGCAAGCGAAGACGAAGAUGAGGAGGACGAUCUUGCGCAGUCCUUCAAUCAGCCGGAGUAUGGCUAUGGUGCGUACCAGAACAAGUGGCAGCCAACGCCGUUGCAGCCAGUCUCAGAACAUCCAGCACUUAGAAGUGAAAAGUCCCGGUCAACCCUCGCCGAGGAGGUUGAUGAGAUGGAGGUUAAGCCACUGAACACGCAGUCUUCGUCACGGUCUCUACGAAACGAUCUCACCAUCAACAUCACACCAAAAGUGCCUCAGGAUGUCGACUCACCAACAUUGGGCCCACAAGCUCAGGCUUUGAACGGCAUGGUCCACCAUCUGCGCCAGAGAAGCAACCAAUCGUCCCUGUACCCUGGAGACGACUUUGCUCUGCCUGAGGGAGACGUGCCUGAUGUACCUGAGGUGCCAUGGAACGCGAGCAAGUCAAACUCCCAUGGCUUCAUCGGAAACACCUUGGACACCCACUCGGCCCGCGAAUCCAGCUAUGCCACCUCGAACCCCUGGGAUUUGGACGAGCAGAGCUUUGUCAAUGAACCACGAGCAAGUCGAAUGACUGUGAGCCCAAUUGAUGAGGUGACCGGCACUCGCUUCCCUUCCAACCGCGCGUCUGAGAUAUCGUUGGUACAAGAGGGCGUUCCUAGCCGUCCUCCCUUCCAUCGCGAAACGUCUGAGAUCUCUCUCGUUCAAGACCACGACAUUCCGUCCUGGCAGCAGGAGCUGCGCAAGCAACACACACGUGAUGCAAGCACGGCGACGCAGCAAGAGCGUGACGCUUUUGCAAACGAACUGGCGGCCCGACGUCAACUCAUUCAGGAGAGAAUCCAGAGUAGGAGCGUGUUGGAGCGGGAUCCAUAUUCUCGAGGCACCAGUCCAGUCCCGACACCUGGCGCACCGGUUGGCCCCAUGCGUGCUUUCGCCAUGUUGAGAUCGAAGACUAGCAGAGAAUCGUUCGUCAACACGCAGGAGCAGCCACCCAAAGCUCAGAAGAUCCUUGGCCCGGCGAAUGGAUUAGCACUGGAGAGAGCGGGCUACAGCACUGACGUUGCACGCCCUCGUGGCAACUCUUCGCCUCGCCCACCAAUGCCCACUGCUCAACACCCAGCCUUCAAGCACGAUGGACCUGGGCCAUCUCGGGCAAUGGAAAUUGACCCACAACAAGCAGAGCGUGCACUCGCAUCUGCAGGUCGCUCACCAGCCUCUAGUGCAGGACGUGCUCGCAGUCGCUCCAAUUCAGCUGCCACUACUGGACGCUCGCGCAGUCGCACUGGACCUUAUCGCGAUGAUCUGGAGAAAGCAAUGGUUGAAGGUCAUGGUUCUUCGGCAAUCUCUCACACUCCUGACAUGUCACCAUUUCCUGGUGCAUCGCCAGAUGUCAUGAACAAUUUCGGACGUGAUAGCGAGGAGAGCAAGAAGUCCAACUACUUCGACCAGAGGAACGCCCCGAGACUGGCUCACAAUGGUCCAUCUCCAGUGACGCUCACGUCUAAUGUUUACACACCUGGUCGUCCCGCCCCAGUGGCCAACCCGUACUCCCAAAACCCGACACCACCUCUCACUGGAUCAAGCCCGUCCAUCACUCAGGCCGACUUCACUCAGAUCAUGCAGUCGAACGCACGCACUAGUGGACCUGGCUUGCGCAAGAAGACGAUCUCCAAGUCUGACAUCUCUGAGCCGAUUACGUUGCUGUCGUCCACCUCGAACGUCGACACUGUUCCUCUGCCCCCAGGAGCGUCACUGAAGAACGGUAUGGACGAACCACCACCGAUACCGCCAAUCAACCCACGUCGGCGAGCUACCCGCAAGCUAUUUAGCAGGAAUCGUUCAGAGUCGACUAGCGAUGGAAGCGAAGUCAGGGCUACAGCUUCUGACCCUGCCCUCAACACCUCACCCAAACGCGACUUCCACUUCCCCCCAAGUGCUGUCGUCCGCAUGCCGACCACGCCGGCCGUGCCUUCACUGCGCGACUACGAAACCAGCCCUGCUGUCCAACAGCACGGCUUCAACCCAGCGGCAUCCCCCGAGCGACUGCCCCUUCGCUCUGCCAACGGACCCCAACGUGCCGUCACCGCGCCUAUGGAAGGCGGCAUGUUUUGA